CUGUCAUUGUCAUUGUCAAAAUAGGACACGAUACACGAUCGCAAUGGGUGACACCGCUGCCGAAGAUAUCAAAAAUUUAAAUAUAAACGAAAAGGCAGGAUUUUAAAUGAUAAUAUUUGUUAACAGUGAAUUUUCGUAGUGUAUAAGUGAUGUUAAAAUUAAUAAACCUCCGUGGGGCCUGCGUGGUCCGCUGCAAAGAGGGCUACGCUUACGCCACAUGGUCUAAAACGAAAGCCAUGAAAGAAAAGAAAAAGAAAACUGAAGAUACCAAUGCAGUUUCUGAAAUGAACCCAUGGCCAGAGUAUAUACAGAAGCGUAUAACAUUAUGGGACAAAUAUAAGGCGCAAUAUACUGAGCAGAUUGCGUCUAAGCCAGAUAUAAGUGUUGUGGUCACAUUACCUGAUGGGAAGACUGUAGAAGCUAAGGCUUGGAAAACCACACCGUAUGAUGUUGCCAAAGGAAUCAGUCAAGGUUUGGCUGACGCAACAAUAAUAGCCAGAGUUAACAAUGAACUGUGGGAUCUAGAUCGGCCUCUAGAAGGAGACUGUAAGUUGGAGCUGCUAAGAUGGGACAAUACCGACGCACAGGCGGUCUUCUGGCAUUCUUCUGCUCAUAUGCUGGGAGAAGCUAUGGAAAGAGUGUAUGGAGGAUGUCUAUGCUAUGGGCCGCCCAUAGAAGAAGGAUUCUACUAUGACAUGUAUUAUCCAGAAAAAGGGAUAUCUUCAACAGAUUUCAACGUACUAGAGGGGCUAAUAAAAAAAAUUGCAAAAGAAAAACAGCCCUUUGAACGCUUAGAACUGACAAAGGAACAGUUAUUGGAAAUGUUCGAUUACAAUCCAUUCAAAGUUCGGAUAUUGAAUGAGAAAGUUCAGACUCCGACGACCACUGUGUACAGGUGUGGUCCACUCAUAGACUUGUGCAGGGGACCUCACGUGAGACACACGGGAAAAGUUAAAGCAUUAAAAGUUACGAAGAAUUCGGCAACGUACUGGGAAGGCAAAGCGGAAGCGGAGAGCUUACAGCGCGUGUACGGUAUAUCAUUUCCGGAACCGAAACAGCUGAAGGAAUGGGAGGUCAUUCAAGAGGAGGCCGCGAAGCGUGACCACAGAAAGAUUGGAAGGGAACAAGAGUUAUUCUUCUUCCACGAACUGUCUCCCGGCUCGUGUUUCUUCCAGCCACGCGGAGCUCACAUUUACAACACACUCGUGAAUUUCAUUAAAGAACAAUACAGGUCCAGAGGAUUCCAUGAAGUGGUGACCCCGAACAUGUACAAUGCCAAGCUGUGGCAGACCUCGGGUCACUGGGCUCACUACGCUGAAAACAUGUUCUCGUUCGACGUUGAAAAGGAAACGUUCGCUUUGAAACCGAUGAACUGUCCCGGACAUUGCCUGAUGUUCGACAACCGCACGAGGUCGUGGCGCGAGUUGCCGCUUCGCUUGGCCGACUUCGGCGUGCUGCACCGCAACGAGCUGAGCGGCGCGCUCACCGGCCUCACGCGCGUGCGGCGCUUCCAGCAGGACGACGCGCACAUCUUCUGCGCGCCGCAACAAAUCGAGGCCGAGAUUGUCGGCUGCCUUGAGUUCUUGAAGUGUGUGUACUCCACUUUCGGUUUCACGUUCCAAUUAAAACUCUCGACCAGGCCAGAGAAAUACCUCGGAGACUUAGAGACCUGGAACCAGGCUGAAAAGGCUCUAGAAGAUUCUCUGAACAAAUUCGGCAAACCGUGGCAGUUGAACCCCGGCGAUGGUGCGUUCUACGGGCCCAAGAUCGACAUCACGAUACAGGACGCGUUGAGGCGCUCCCACCAAUGCGCCACCAUACAGCUGGACUUCCAGCUGCCCGAGAGAUUCAACUUGACUUACGUUAGCGAGACCGGGGACAAGAAGCGUCCCGUGAUCAUUCACCGCGCGGUGCUGGGCUCUGUGGAGCGCAUGGUGGCCAUCCUCAGCGAGUCGUACGCCGGCAAGUGGCCGCUGUGGCUCAGCCCGCGCCAGCUGCGCGUCGUGCCGGUCGGGCCCGCCUUCGACGACUACGCCGUGCAGGUGAAUGAUAAACUAUUCGCUGCCGGCUUCAUGUCCGAGGUAGACACGGACGCGGGAGACACCCUCAACAAGAAAGUGAGAAAUGCUCAGCUCGCCCAGUUCAACUAUAUAUUAGUUGUGGGAGAGCGGGAGAAGAAUUCCGGGACGGUGAACGUCCGCACCCGGGACAACAAGGUCCACGGCGAGAUGUCUGUGGAGGCGCUCAUCGAACACCUCAACAACUUGGUCAGGGAGAAGAAGCUAUCCGAGGACAGUGAACUGCUCAAGUGAAUGUGAACGCAUAACUCCAUUAGCAACCCGAUUACACUAGACACUGUAAGGCUUUAAAAAAAAAAAACGUGUGGCACUCGGAAACUGCCGCGGUAAAACUAUUGCAUAGCAUUUUUUAUCAACUUAUGCAAUUAUAAUUAGACAAUGAUAAUUUAAUAUUAAAACAAUAAUAAAACAAGACCACGCAAUAUUAAACAUUAAUAAAAUAAACCUUAACUGUCCCCUUCACACUCAUAAGCUAGAGCGCGCGAGAGAGAGAUGGGCAGACUUUUCAUGAUGCGCAUGCAGUGUGACGUCACACCACGCGCUUAUUCACAAACACUACACAAGCGCAACGUGUGAAUGUGUUGAACGCGAGCUACAUGGUAGGCGGAGUGAGGGGUGUAAGGUUUUUUUCGUUACGGAAUUUCAUGAUUCGGUCUCCACGCUCAAGGCUCGCGAUAGAAGCUAUGCAAUAGCUUAAAAGAAACAAUUUGUCUAUUUACAUGUUUUUAUUCAUCGUUCACAAUAAAAAUAUACAAAACUAGUUAUGCGUGCGACUUUGUCUGCGUGAGUAAUCCUUUAGAAAUUCAAUUUAUAUUAAAUCACCCAAAACAAACUAAUAAUAUUCAGAUAUAGCGCCAACUAUCGAGUAUUACGGUGAGCUUAAUGAUUUUAAAUGAAGAUUCAAGAUAAAGUGUCUAGUUGUUAUAUGAUAACAAACAAACAAUUAUAAAUAUAACUACAAAAAAUUGUUAAGCAUAAGUUUUUCCGCGCGCACACCGAUAGACUUUCAUAAUUUUAUUAUGGUUUUAUUUACACAAUAUGCCCAACUAAGUACUUAUCAGUAUGCUGACUUUUACACGACAAAGAAUUUACUUGGCAGUAUUUGAAUUACUAAAGUUAUUAAUGUUUUAUUUCAAAAUUAUCAGGUAUAAAUAUAAUAUUUAAUACAUUUAAAGAAUACAUUGCGAAUUAAUUCGUUUAAUUAUUCUCUAUCAGGUUUAGGAUGAAAAUUAAUACAAAAAAAAAACUUGAAACUAAUAUAUAAAAUUAAGCUUAAUUAUUGGAUUGUUCUCUCUUGUUUGAGGCGUCCCAACGUGUCAAAGUUGAGCGAGUCUAGUGAUGUGCUCUGUGAAAUAAAUUAUUUAUUAAAAACGUAUUUUUUUUGUGAUUGACUCGUGUGCAUUUUAAAACAUGCAUUUUUAUUACAAUCCAAUGUUUUUUUUCUUUUUUAAUGCGUAACGGUAACAGCACUUUUGGUCAAUAGCAAUUAGUGUAUGAAGAGUACAUAAUAAUAUGUUUACUUAAAAUUGGUUGUCAUAUUUUCAACGGUAACUUGUAUUGUGGUCACGACUUCAUUCUUUGAACUUAAAUAAAUAUUUUACAUAGUAAAA